GGAAGAAGGAAAUACCAGAUGAAAACAAAUCUUACCUAGUUGCUUCAUGACCUGAAGGUGUCAAUGGACUGGGCCCUUGUCUUUGUUUUGCAAGUCACGUUUCUCCCAUUUAUCACAUCUCACGGUUUGUUCAAAGUUGAGGCUAAGCCAAACAAGUACACAUCAGAGCUUGGAGGAGAAGUUGUGAUGAAGUGCAGGUUUGACCCUGUACCCUCAGAUCCUCUUACUGGCCUGAAGGUUUACUGGUACUGGACCAUGGACAACUUUCCGGAUCGGAAAGUGUAUGUGAUGGAUAAUGGGGAGAAGGAUUUGUCACUCCCGGAUGUGGACUUCCAGGGCAGAGUGAAGUUUUCUACUGAGGAGCUGCAGAAUGGCUGGGCUGUGUUACAGUUGUCCAGGCUCAAGAUCAAUGAUUCAGGAACCUACCAGUGUCUGAUCGACACAGCACUAGGGACUGAUUAUAAAAAGAUGACUUUGUCUGUUACAGCACCAUAUAAAGCCGUGACUAAACACAUUCAGGAGGUUGCAGAGCAGGAUGAGUUGCUGCUGACAUGCCAAUCUGAAGGAUAUCCUGAGUCCACUGUUGUGUGGCAGGAUGGACAAGGGCAAAAUAUCAUUCCCAACACCACUUUUGUGUCAACACCAGACCAGCUUAUUAAAGUCACCAGUCAGAUACGCAUCAGGUCAUUGGAGAAAAACAACUACACCUGUCGCUUCACAAAUGAUGGCCACUCUGCAACAUUUCAUAUUCCAGAUGACAUACCAAACCAUCCUGUAAAAAAUGAUGCUCUCAUCGUUGCAUUGAUCAUAGGCUUGAUUCUGCUCAUUAUUGUUGUCGUGCUCACUUACCAUCGACGGAAAGGAGCCGGCACCCACAACACCAGGAACCUUCUGGUCAAUGGUCGUGGCGGGUUUUUUCCUGCUCCUGUCUGCCUACAAAUAGGGAAAGAAAAUGAUGAAGAUUUAAGGGAAAAUCUGAGGGCGUCUCUGAAAGCCCAUUAUGCUGACAACUCAUUCAGUACGGAGAUGGGAUACCACUGGGAUGACCCUCACAGACUACAAAACAAUGAGGGCCAGCCAGUGACUCUUCAAUCCUUAAUCCCAGAAGCUGAAGAGAUGCUUUUUAUUGAGGGACCCCCAGGAAGUGGGAAGACGACCUUAGCCCACAUCCUGAUCUCCUCUUGGGUUAAGGGCCCCACAGAUGCCCUCACUAACCUCCUUGAUCUCAGCAUGGUUCAUCUUCUUCUAUAUGUGGACUGUAGCACUGCGAAGGGUGACUUGUUUCAAGAAAUAAUAUCUCAACUGUCUCUCGGGGAAAAGGUAUCAACGGAGGAUGAGCUGAGGACUGUGUUAACCAGGUCCAACGUUCUGCUGUUGUUGGAUGGAUACAGAGAAGGGGACCAAUUAUUUGAUGAUUCCCUGAAGACGUUUAUAAGUGAAAGAAAAGGAUGCAGGGUGUUGAUCAUGGCCUGCCCUGGACACUGCCCCACACUCAGGGAAACUGUUGGGACACGAGAGCUGUUGAAGCUCCAAACACAAACUGUGAAGUACUGAGGUCACAAA